AUGGACCAUGGCCUCAUCGCCGCCUAUAAACUCAAUGGAAGUAUCGGUGAGUGUAAGGACUUCGACAAGCAGCUACAGCGUUACGUUGUUCUCUUAGAUGGUGAUGUCACGAAGAAAGUUAAACCCGAGAAUGUAAAGGUGCUAACAAGCUAUCGCAACAGCCAAAUCGUCCCGACUCUACAGCAAAUACGGAGCAUAAGAGACAAUCGGGUCUCCGUUUCGUUGUCGUAUCUCGAGCAGUGGCAGUUGUGUCCGAUGCCAUGUGUGCUGUCGAGCAAACAUCUCACUAAUUGGGAGGAUAUAAAAGGAGAUCGGAGAGACAGGGAUGAAUACUUAGCCAAGAAGCUGUGUUCGGCCUCGUCUCUUCCGAAGGACUUUGUAGACUCCAACGUCUUCUACGUAUCUUAUCCUCGGACACAGCUCAAUCCGGAUCCCCUUUUUAUGCCUGAUAAUCAAGCUGAAGUCAGUCACACAUCUGAUGAUGGGUCGGCCAGUGUGGAUCCCUUCGACGAGGAUGCCCCGCUGAUCGAUCAUCU